AUGAGUGACAAUGGUGUUGAGGGUGUUGAGAAUACUAAUAGUAAUGACAGUGACAACAUUGAGAACAAUGUCAAUGUCAAUACUGAAAAUGACAGCACUAAAAAUGACAACAUUUGUGGUGCUGAACAACUUGAUAAAGACGGCCCUGAAAUGGUCGUUGAGCCUGAGAAGAGCGACAAUCUCAGUGGAAUCAAAGCAGGUGCCAUCAGUGCUGCCACUGCUGCGAUCAUGACACUCUGCGACUUCAUUUCGUUUGGAAAAGACCUGUUCAAGGCGGAUGACUCUCGUGGAUCCGAUGUCUUUGGUGAAAUGUGUCGUACACUGAGCCUGGUUGCAUUUUGUGCUGGCACCGUCCUAAGCAACGUCGUCUUCAACUUCGCAAGCAGCCUGAACACGGCCUUCGUUGCCGGCGUGAUCCUCGAGGCCAAACAGUCGUUCAACUCGAUCUCAGGCGCCUGCCACCGAAUUGUGGCGCGUGAGCUGACGAAGCAGAACGCGAAUGCGUCUGAUGACGUCAUCGCGGCGCAGUCUGCGCUCUGCACGUGGGUCGUCUGCUCGUUCACGACGCUGCUCUUCGCAGGCGCCUCUGGGCUCGUCGCCCAAAAGAAGCUUGGAAAUGCGUGCAAGAAGGUGCCACUUCUUGCGGUGAAUGCGGUGAUGCUUGCGAUUGGGCUGUUUAUGCUCAAAGACCCAAUCAGCGACGCAAAGGAGCUCUUUGAGCGGGUGAAGGAGGCAAAGACGGCCGCUGGGGAGAAGACGGAUCUCUGGGCAGUGAAGAGCUACGGAUACGUCGCACUGGUGCUCGGGCUGGCUGCGGUGGUCUGGGCCAUCGACAACUUCGCCCCAUUUCAGUUUCUGCUUCCAGCAGCGGCUGUCGCCGUUGCUGCUGCCGUCCACCUCGUCUGGCACCUCAGUCUCAAGAAGGAGGCGCCCCUUUUCAAACCGGUCUUCUUCACCGGUGCCCUAAACACGGGUGUCUCAGCCAUUUUCAAGUUCACUGAUCAAACGACGACUGGAGUUGAUUUUGGGAUGAUCAUCAGCUGCCUCCUCGAGAACAUCGGUGAAAUCAUCACCGUCACGAUAUUCAACAUGAUCCACAUCAACGUGAAUGUGCCAUCAUUCGUCAGCUGCACCGGGAAGGAGGGAGACUACGACCUGAACAGGGAGUGGAAGGCACAGGCACUGAGUAACGCAGCCACCUCAGUCGUCGGGUUUCCUUCCUACUUCGUCAACUGCUACUCGCUUCUGGUGGCGAAACUGGGCUGUGGCUACAGCCAAUUUGCCCUGGUAUUCGCAGGCGUCUUUGCUCUCCUGGGAAUCGCCCUACCAUUCGUGGUCGAGUACAUUCCACUUCUCGUAGGCCACGUUCUGCUCUCGUACAUGGGGAUGGUCUUCAUCCAGUGCUACGGCUACGAGCCAUUUAGGGCAAUGAAUGGGACAGAUGCAACAAUUUGGGCAGCAGGCGUCGUUCUCAGCUACUUCUGUUCAACAGCCCUGGGAUUCUGCUUCGUGAUUGCAGCAAUAAGUCUAUCCGUUCUGAAGGCAGCAAUAGCAGGUCGAAAGAGGCAGGUGAAGCCGGUUUAUGGCGACGAAGUCAACUACAACACGCUUAAGUACGUCAAGAUCGACUAUCCAGUCUACUUCCUGACACUCGAUGAGUUUGCAGUCGACCUGCAGUACCUGGAAUCGGGAUUCACCCUCGAUCUCACAGGAUGCUCGUACAUCGACAUGGGCGGGAAUGCGAUGCUCGAGGAGAAGCUCAAUGAGAUCGGAAUCAUCAACGUCUACGGGACACCAGCCAACCUCUACACAAAGAGGCUCCAGAGCAAGAUAAACAUCAUCGCAUAA